AAAGUAACCAAAGACGAAAAUGUAGUGCAACUGCUGCACUUGUUUCUUCUAUUUUUAAAAAGCUAUUCACUUUGCAGACUUCCGCACACGGAAGGUUGCCGUAAAGGUCAGCUAUCUGCGGACUUUCCAUUUGAAUAGGAUAGAUUGACUUUGUAUUGAACUUCCUAUUCUCAUGGGUCCGGAUGUAAGGCAUCCUCGACACCAAUCAAACCAGACAGUCAAGAACUGAGCGGGGCAUCUUAUCUUUUCAUUUUCUCCCUCGCGGGACGCUUCUCUUUUAAGGUGGCUGUGCAAUGUUCGUCGAAAAGAGAGAUCCUAAGCGAAUUGAACGGGCUAUCCCCUUUUUUAUAUUUGAACAGUCAUCCAUCCAAGUCGGUUUUCAACAACUCCUUCUUUCAGUUGCUUUCUGUCGCGUUAUUAGUCCGUUUUACGUUACGCAUGUUUUCUUACAAGAUCUGUGUUAGACUUCGUUGUUGUCGUCAAUACAGUAAGAUAGUCAGUUAAAGCCUAAAACGCGGUUUGUUUGUUUGCCCAAAUAAAUUAGUGAUCGGCUGGAGACGUAUGCCUAGACAACGAAAACUGCUUGCAGCUUUUGCAUUUCCUGCUGGUGUAUGUGAAGUUUAUUAGUAACUUUGCAAAAAAAAAAAAAAAGUUUCUCGUGUUUAUUGGAAGCUUGUUAAACGGGUCCACCUUAAAGGCUGCACACAUCUCUCCAUCGCCCAGCCCCCCACAGCUGUCCAAUGAAUUAAGAGCGGAUGCGAUGUAUCCUUUUUCAGUGGGGUGAAUGACCAAUGGGAGUUGGCCAGUCGAACAAACACAGAACUCUACAUUCUCAUUCAUUCAGUGUUAAAGACAGCCUCGAGGAGUGCUGAUGAGCUCGCGUCACAUUUCAGUGGGUUUUCAGCUUUUGAUGGAAAAUUGCACGCGAGGAAAUAACUUCAUUCUCUCCCAAGUGCAAAUCCAACAAUCGGAUGUGUUUUUUAUAUAUUUUUCUUCCUUUGAAGUAAAUUCAAAACACGUUUUUGUAUCCUGUUUGUUGGUUACUGCUCAUUUUGUUGGGCAAAACAGCACUGGCUGAUUUGACGUCGGCAACCUUUCCGCUGCACUGGGCGCGUGUUUCUGCAAGCAUUUACUGUGGAUUUACCCCCUUUCUGGAACGCAUUGGUAUGUUUUUGUACGUGUUCAAAAGCGAGAAGCUCGAGUUAACGUCCGAACUUCUGUUUGUGGAAUUACAGUCGUUUUGUAAUGUGUGAUAUGGACCUUAAUACUUUCGGACAAGUUCACUGGACGGGUCCUUCUUGGUAUAUUCUUUGAUGGAUUCGAUAACAUGGAUGGUUGCAUAUAGCAGGAUUUCAGAUGCAUGCCAAGUCCGCGGUGAACGUCGGAAGUGGUGAUCGGCCCAGAUGGAGCACCAGAGUCAGCGCGGUGGCGGUGCGCUAGCUUCCCUACAGCAACCCUCGCCAGAGGGGCGGCCCCGGCUCGAGUUCGAGAGGGACCUCCAGCGCACCGCCAUCCUCUCGCUGGACCAGAUCAGGGCCAUCCGCUCCUGCAACAACUACACUGAGGGCCCCACUGCCCCCCGGAGGGCAAUCCCCCCAAGGGCCGCGCCCCGGUCUGACAAGCAGGAAAGAACUCACGAGGUCAUCAACAUCAACAACAACUACGAGCACCAGGCCCCCGGCCACACUGGGACCCAGUACGGGCCCAGGGCCCCAGUCCUGAGCCGGUCCACAAGCACGGGGAGUGCGGCCAGCUCGGGGAGCAACAGCAGUGUCUCUUCGGAACAGGGCCUCCUGGGCCGCCCCCAGCCUGGCCGCGUGAGCUCGCCGCACCGGCCGGACCGCGCCGUCCGGACUCAGCCCAAAGCUCGGGCCCCACCUCCCCCAGAGGAGGUGCUGAAGCCCCCCGCUACGUGGAAGGAGGAGGAGGACUGUGCUUCAGGGCACCGGUUUGUGUGCGAGCAGUGCGGGAGGUGCAAGUGCGUGGAGUGUACGGCCCCCAGGACGCUCCCCUCCUGCUUGGCCUGCGGGGGGCAGUGUCUGUGCUCCGCCGAGACCCUGCUGGAGCACGGCACUUGCAUGUGCCUGGUCAAGGGCCUCUUCUACCACUGCUCCAAUGAUGACGAGGGAGACUCGUGCGCCGACAGCCCCUGCUCCCUCUCGCGCUCUCACUGCUGCUCACGCUUCCUCUGCAUGGGAUUAAUGUCGGCCCUCUUCCCCUGUUUACUGUGCUACCCGCCCGCCAAGGGCUGUGUCAAGGCCUGCCAGCGCUGCUACGACCGGGUCAAGCGGCCCGGCUGCCGCUGCAAGAACUCCAACACUGUCUACUGCAAGCUGGAGAACUGGUCACCUCCAAGGGCACCAGGAAAGCCUUCUUGAUUCUCCCUGUUGCAGAUUGGACAACUGGUCACCCAUGAAGGCCCAGGGAAGCCUUUCUUAUUCUCUCUGUUGGAGAAAGAAAGGGGUGGAUUCGUUUGUGUGAUUAUAAUGAUGAUAAUAAUAAUAAUUAUUGAUGUUUAUCAAAAUGUUUAAGCACCUCCCAUCCCAAUCUCUCACCCCCUCUCCUAUUUUCUUCACUGCAAAACUCUUUUUGGCCCAAACUUGGAGUUUGGGGGGAAAAUAACCACUUCCCCACCCCCUCACCUCCCUAUCCCCUUUUUCAAAUUUUGCAACAGGCCCCUCUAAAAACCAGUGUUUGCCUUGUCGUGUCAUCCUCAGAUACUUAUUAACACUCUUGUCUCCUUGUAAAGACUUUUUUUCAGCUAGGAAGUUCUCUUGUUUCUUCCAGCUUUGUGUCAGAGUAGCCUCUUGCCAAAUCUGUGAAGGACUAUCUGGAAAAUAUGUCACUGUUACCGGAUAUCCAUAGCAACCAAGGUUGAUUUCUCUCCCUCUCCCUCCCCACUUCCUACUUUAACCUCAUCACUGGCUGCCACAUUUAAGCCAUGAUAUUCUCGUGCUCUAGUGGCAUUUUUGGAAGUACAUUUUUCUUGUAGAAAUAUCUGAAUUUUUUUUUUUCCCCCCCCCCCCCCUCCCAUCGCGCUCCCAACUUUUUCAUUCAGUCUGUGGCAUUUUUUGUUGUAAAUUGUAUGUAUAAAUCUUAAAGAUGAAAAUCUGGCUAUUUUUUAAAGAAAAAUGUCUGUCAAAACAUUUUUGUUGUAAAGAAUAUUUAUUAUGUCAAGCGCUAUUAUUUUAUGAUAUUUAUUGCAAAAGACAGUCUUGAAAAUUUACUCAUGUCUGAAUAUAACAAAAUAUCAAUACAUACUGAAAAAUUAAAGGGUGGCACAAAGAAACUAUGUUAACUGUAAUGCAGAAAAUAUAUUAACUAAUGAAAAAUAC